CUUUGGAAACUUCCACGUCGUUGUCGGUGUUUACUUGUUGUAUAUACUUGCAAGGGAUAGUUAAGUGCUUGUUAUAUUUGGUGUGUGAUGAUGGCUUUGAUGUAGCGCAUAUAACUGAUAGUUGAAUCAAAACUUAUUUCUGAGACGUUUCUUCUACGGCUGCGAUAAUGGUGUCGGUGCUGAACACAGUGGACACGGGCCACGACGACAUGAUCCACGACGCCCAGAUGGACUACUACGGCCUGCGCCUCGCGACGUGCUCCUCCGACAACUCCGUGAAGGUGUUCGACCUGAAGAACGGCACGCAGACGCUGGCCGCGGACCUGAAGGGCCACCAUGGGCCCGUGUGGCAGGUGUCGUGGGCUCACCCCAAGUACGGUGGUCUGCUGGCCUCCUGCUCUUACGACCGCAAGGUGAUCGUGUGGAAGGAGGGCACCGAGUGGGGCAAGGUGUACGAGUACGGCAACCACGACUCGUCGGUGAACUCGGUGGCUUGGGCGCCGCACGAGUUCGGUCUGCUGCUGGCGUGCGGCAGCUCGGACGGCUCCAUCUCGGUGCUGUCGUGCAACCCUGACACGGGCGGCUGGGAGGCCAAGAAGAUCCCGAACGCGCACACGAUAGGCUGCAACGCGGUGAGCUGGGGCCCCGGGGGCGGCGGGGCGGAGCGGCGGCUGGCGAGCGGAGGCUGCGACAACCUGGCCAAGGUGUGGCGAGAAGAGGGAGACCGCUGGGUGGAGGCGGCCAAGCUGGAGCUGCACUCGGACUGGGUGCGCGACGUGGCGUGGGCACCCAACGUGGGGCUGCCGCGAGACACCAUCGCCACCUGCUCGCAGGACCGGCGCGUGGCGGUGUGGACGAGCGAGAGCGGCGGGGAGUGGACCGCGAGUGUGCUGCACGCCUUUGACGACGUGGUGUGGAGCGUGAGCUGGAGCCUGACGGGCAGCAUCCUGGCCGUGUCGGGCGGCGACAACAAGGUCAGCCUGUGGAAGGAGAACUCCGAGGGCCAGUGGGCGUGCAUCAGCGAGGUGUCCAAGGGCCAGGGCCAGAUGGCUGGCAGCGAGCAGCGGGCGCUCUAGUUCUGCUUUUAUAUCCUUUACCUCCAGGCCUCUUUGCUAUUGUUUUUACACUGUAAAGCCAAAUUAUCAUGCAAAAUUACUUUAUAUAAAGUGUGUGCAUCAGGGAGCUGAAAAAGACGUACAAUCUAAAUAUGUUAUGGUGAAAAUUAUUUAUAUUAUUAGAUGGCCUAUUUUUAAAUGGACCUAGAAGACUUUGGUAGGCUAUAUUUGCUAGAUGACAUUUUCUUGGGAGGAAUUGGUUUCACUAGGCAGUCAUCAAUUACAUUGUUCAUCAAAAAAAAUAUUUUUUGCUUAGCAAACAAGGGACGACUUGCAAAAGUUUGCUUCUUUGUGAGGUAAAAGUACGUAUGCUACUACCAAUCAAAUGUUACGUAAUUGUUCCUUAUAGUGUGGCCUGUUGUAUUUUAACAUAAAAUAUUAAAAUAAAGAAAGGAAUUGGAUGUUUUAUGAUGAUAAACUGUAUAGUUACGAAAAUAUAGGUAAAUAUGUAGUGUACGGAUUUGCGCCAAAAAAAAUCGUACAAAUCUGAAAUAACUUUCAUUAUAUGCUCUUUUACGUUCUCUUUUCAUAACCGCCUGCGGAGAUAAGAAAUUCCAAUUACUUUUGGAGAUAUCACCGUUCUUAUUUUGCAAUACAAGACCUAUGUAAUCAUUUGAAUGUCCACAUUUUAUAUUUUACCGUGUGCGCGUGAAUGCCUAAAUAACAGAAAUUUUCCGUUAGGUAAAGUUAGUUACAUUAUAAAUACUUCAAAUUAAACGGAAAUUAAAAAUAAUAUCAAUUAAUUUUACUUGUAUAGUUUUAAGUAUUUAUGAUGUAACUGACCUGAACUAACAAAAUGGGACAAAGGUAGAUUAGGUCAGGUCAGCUACAUUAUAAAUACUUUGAAACUGAACGGACAUUAA